AUGUUACACUUUGCCAAGUCUUCGCUUUUGCUCACUUUCGGGCUUUUGCUUGCUGUUCAUGCUGCGCCGCAAGUAAGCAGCCUAUUCAUCUUCAAGGACCCUGCAACUUCCGACAACGACGCUAUAAAGACUACAGGUUUCGACACCGUCGUUACGUUCGCUCUGAAUAUACAGAGCAAUGGCGACAUUUUGUAUCCCCUGAGCGCAUUAGGUGGUGGCUCCCCAGAUGUGCUGCUAGUCUCAGACGGGUCAUACGUCGGCGGCUCAAAGUAUGCGGACUUGAUGAAGUCAUACAAGAUAGACUCUACGAUCAAGAGAGUUGAGGCAACCGUUGGGCCAUACAGUCUCAUUCAACAAUUCGUGAGCAACAACGGCACAGGGGCUUCUACCGUGCUGUACAGGAAUUUGGCCGCCUUGAAGGCAGCCUGGAAUCUCGAUGCGAUCAACAAUGACGACGAAGAAACAUACGACAUGCAAAGUACGGUUGCUUUCGCCGCAAUGGUUGGGGCAAUCGGCCUCAAGUACAGCGCCGCACCAUAUACCAACAUUGACUACUGGGCCGAGGCAGUCACGAAGAUUAACAGCCAAUCGCCAGAUUUGUUUGACAGAGUAUAUCUGCAGUGCUACGACGGAGGAGCUGGAAACGAUCCUGGCCAAUGGCAAACCGCGCUUGGAAUACCCAUCACCCCUAUUCUUUGGGUAGUCAACAGUGCUAAGCCAAUCUAUGGCAAAACUCCAGAGCAGGCUCAGUCGUUAUUCGCCCAAUACAAGGCCGAGGGAGUAUCUGGUGGUGGUUACUGGAACAACUACGACAUUGAACAGCAAAAUAGCUCUUACAUAGACUAUUUCGAGGCUAUAGGCAGUGCUUUUACUUAA